AUGGGCCAUUCUUUGGGAGGACUAAUAAGCCGUGAGAUGGUCGAAGAGAUGAGACUCUGGGGCAAGGAGGUGCCAUUUGUAGUGAUGUUCGACACAUGGUAUAUAGAACCAGAAACAUUGAAUAUUGAGAGAGUAGAAGCUUUCGCUGACAAGAUUUUCUCCUCUCUUCCCGAUAAGGCCCAACGCAUAGAAUGUGCAUCCCGCUUGGCAAGAAUGCUGAAAACCCACAAACUUUGCUCUUCGGCGACUAAGAUAUACCUAUUCAAAAGCACGGAAGUUGCCAACAAGGUGUUUCACAAAAUUAUCCGAUCUGAUCUCACCCCGAAAAUGUCUCGCUCCAUCACCGGAAAUGGAUUGGAUCGAUACUCAGAGCUUUCCAUUGACGUUUGGCUGGUAAACAUUCCUCAGUCUCGCUUUCUCAUAAAUGUGGCUACAAGU